AUAUAAAGAGGAUUGGCUCGCGCUCUCUGUUCAGUUCGCUUGUAGUGUCCGACGUACGCAGAAUUGUGAUUGCUAUUAAAAUGAAGGCAGCUACUUUGUUUGUUUUCGCGUUGGUGCUGGUGGCAGUAUCCUGCCGUCCCGACAAGCCAGACUUGAAGCAAUUAAAGGCAGAAGCCGCUCGCAAGAAGGCCUGCAUGCACGACUGCACCUCACAGAAGUUGGAGCCCAUCUGCGCCGGCAAACAGGGAGAGAAACCCAAGUCCUUCGGUAACGAGUGCGUCAUGAACAACUACAACUGCGAGCAUAAAGAAACGCUUUCCAAGAUCAGCAAAGGAGAGUGUCCCGGCUCUGAUGGCAUCCGUCUCUCUUAAACACGCAAA